AUGAGUUAUAUCCCACCCCUAGCCCAGAAACUUAGCAACAGCGGAGAUGGAGAGUCCGAAUGGGAACCUAUUAGCACGUGGGCUACGGCGGGGAAGGACGGGCAGGCCGGGCCCGUACCAGAUUUCGCCUUACCCAGUGUGGACGGGCCUGAGGGCAGCGACAUUUUUUACCCUCUUCAAGGCCCAGUACAACUGGCUCCGAAGAAGAAAACGGUAACUCAGUGGACGUGUUGCGUCUGUGGCCACACCGGCAUGUCAGUGAAUAUCCCCACGUGUCAGCACUGCAGCACGUCUCGCUGCGCGUACUGCCCUGUAGAAAGAGUCAGGGUCAAGGCAGUACAUUUCAGCCAUGACUGA